UGUUGUUUCUAGGGAAGUGUCAACAGUAAUCCUGUACAGGAAAGUGUGUGAAAUCGGGAUAACUUUCCCGUUUUAGCAGCCCUUUCUUGUUGAUUUAUAUGUUGUUGUACAGUAUUUCAAUAGCAUAUACUAUAAAGCAAUCUGAGGGGAGUUUUUUUAAUAAUUUUAUUGCAAACUAAGACAAAACAUAUAAAAUUGUCACACCAUGACUACUGCAAUGAAACUGCCAGAUAUAUCCCAGCAGACGAUUUAUUCAGGGAAAUACAAAGACUGGAGUCCUGACCUGCGACCGGCUGGAAAAUUGACAGCUACUGGGGACAAGGUGGUGACAUGUUUGAAACCUCCAUCAGAUGGCAGGCCUCCAAGCCCUGAGGUGAUCCGCAAGUUCAGAGCCACAGUCCGCCCUGAUGCUGGAGAAAUGAGAGUGUUUUACGGGAGAGCAAAAGACCCCCAUCGUGUCUGGGCAACAGAAAUGAACCAUGGGAUCAGUACUCAGCCCUCUUUCUUCGCUAAAGAGCUGGUCAAUCCAAGACCCAAGUCAUUGUUCCAACAGAGAAUGUUGGAUCGUAAGGAGGGUCACUAUGCGAGCCACAUCACAGCCCCACUCGGCAGGUCACAUAAUCAGGCAACUGGGCUGCCACCGGGGUUGAACAAAUAUGAGUUUACCUUUGGGAUUCCCACUGAACUUGACACCGGAGCUGGUGGUCUCAUUAACCCGAACAAGACAUACGAGAGAGUUGAAGAGGAGAGUGCUGUCGGCCAUGAGCUGUACAGACAGACGCAUCUCAACUUCAAUGUGGGUGAACAGCUGCACCGGGCAUACACCUCACCUAACUUUAAGAACACCAACAAGUUUGGUAUCCCUACACCCCAUGACAAUACAGGGAAGCAUCUGAAGAAGACGCUGAAGUGGCUGCAUGAAGCUGAGCAGGAACGAGCCACCAAGAUUGUGUCCAAACGCGUUGAUGAGUUCCGUGAGAGGAGCCAGGAGCAGCUGGGACAGGUCCAUGACCCAAUCAAGGACACACUGCGAGUCCCGCCAGACCACACAUUUGGCAUUCUCUUGAAGCCAGACGAGUAUGGGGCGGGAGACUUGCUGCAUAUGCGAGGGCCCGGACAGUACCUCCGGGGUAAUGACAGGCAGAGGGGCGUGGUUUCGGCAAUCAGACAGCACCUGAAAAAAGCCAACUAUCACAACUUCCAGGACCUCAGCUCGGCAUUUAGACAUUAUGAUAAGGACGGUAAGGGCAAAAUCGACAUGGACGAUCUUCGCGAGGCGUGCAUCCAGUUCCACCUUCCCGUGGAGCCUGAACUUCUCUGUCAACUCAUGGACUACUGUGACCUGGACAGGGACGGGAAAAUCAACUAUCUAGAGUUCGCUAACUUCCUCAACUGGAAAGAUAAGAUGCCUACUGGACUAGACCAGCAGACGUCACCAAAAACCCCAGAGGUUCCUGUCGAGAAGCCGAUUAUUAAGGAUGAAGACCUGGUGGUGCGUACACCUCAGAGCGCUGAGACCACCCCUCGUCGACUUCAGAAACAAAUUGACCAUGCAAUCGGGGACCACAGGACAAGUGCCAGUAUGAUCAAUGCAGUAGUUGGACCUACUGGGUUCUCCACAAAAGACUACAGAAAGUAUGGUGUCCCUACCAUCCGUACUGACCUGCCCGCCCCUCGUAUUCGCCGAGUGGAUGACCGCAAGAACUAUGGUGAUGAGUCUGAUGCGUUUGGACUUGUGAAUCCCUCACUGUUCAGUCAGCGUGGAGUGUAUGAGAAAGAUUUCCUUCUGCCACGGUCGAGAGAAGAGAUCCGUGAGAUUUUCACCAGUUGCGGCAUACAGAUGACUGGAGAAACCUUCUUGAAUUUUUACGAUACUGCCGCUCAAAGACACCCGAAAGGUUUCGUCAGCGUAGAAUCUUUCCGAAGUGUUAUGGACGAGUUGCAAGCAACAAGAGUGAGGUCCGGUCAGCACCCACUAGCGGUGUGAUAUAUUAAGUGACAUUUCACCUUAGAAUAGAGUUAACAUAUCAACCAUUAAUUUUCAAUCCAUUGUUUACUGAAAUUUUUGAAACUGAAAUGGAUUUCCAAUUUUAAAAAAAUGAUGAAUAUUUCUAUUCAUAAAGUAUUUAUAAUAUAAAAACUGUUAAUAAAAUGAGACUUUUUGUUAUAUAUUAAAAACAUUUUUGUUACUGGUUUUCUUGACUAGUUUACACUGGUCCACUUGUUGAGAACUUUGAUUAUGUUAACAAUGUGAUAAAUGACAUAAUUGUUCAUUUUAAAGGUGAAAUACUAUAUUAUGUGCGCAUAUAUUUUAAAUAGAAAAAGUUCAUCUAAAUCAUUGCCACAAAUCCUGUUAGGAGUACUGCAAAGCAUACAUAUGUGGGCAGUAUCUUUGUAACUUCUAGAGAGGUGAAGAAUUAAAAAUUAACAACGAUUAUGUUAAUAAUGUUGUUAACUAACCGGUAAACAAAGUUCUGAACAGUCGGCCUUCUCAGUCUGUAGCGUGAUAAUACUACACAGAUUAAAUGUGUAUAAGUUUUGAUGAUGCAUAUGUAUGUAUCAACUAUACCUGUGAUAGAGUAUUUAGAGCAUUAGAAAUGAGUAAUCAAAAUGCAUUGUCACUAAAAUAGUUUUCAAAUUCACAUUGUUUAUGUAUACAUGUACUGUUGUGGUUGUUUUAAGCAUUAAUCUGUGAUAAUUCAGAAAAUGACAGCAUUUUACCAUUCAUUUAACAUGAUGCACUAUGAAUAUUUUUUAUAUUUCAUAAGCUCAUACAAGUUUUAUUCUCUCAAUAAAAGUAUUAUAAGAUGUUUGUUUUAUGCAAAUGAUACACAAAAGUUUAAUUAUGUAUUAUGUAUACCGUAAAAAGCAUUAAAUGACCCUUGUGUCAGAACACUGUCUUAAUAUGACAAAAUGAUAAGGUAAAUACAGUUUACUUAAUAUUUUAUUCAGUUUACCCAAAUGUGAUAUUGUAUCGAAUCAGCAUUAAUAUUUUUAUGCUACUUUUCAUACACAUUGUGUAAUUGUGGUAUUUAUGAAUUUAUAAAAUAUACUAUGAUUGAUUAGUUGUGCUUUAAAAUGAUUUUACUGCCUAUUAUUCAUUAAUUAUAAAAUGGAUGUGUUUCCUUUCAGUAACGCUUCUUAAGCCGAGCACUUGUAAAUACAUGUGUUAAGUUGCUUCAUUUCUAAAUAUGUGUUUGUUUUGAAUCUUACAAUUGUUACUGUUUACAUAAUGUAAAUAUUGAAAAUGUGUUAACUAUAAACGGCUAUUGUUAAAAUAUUAUAUAAAUGGCGUUUUUUGCUGAAGUAUAUUUGACAGUGACUUAUUUUAAGCGUCCUUGUGUUCUUCAGAGUGACCAUAUCUUUUAUUGUGUUUUUAAGUACAUGAUCAUUAUAAUUAUACAUGUGUAUAUGUUAUUCACUGGAUAAGAUAAUUUCUAUAAACAUUAUUUACCAAUACAUAAGAAAUUAAUAUCAGAUUAUUUUUUUUUAUAUAUUUAGAGGUUUCUUAUACUUGUAUUAUACUAGUAACUUAAUAAUUCAGAAAUUUAGAUGGUUUGAACAAUCUGUAGUGGUUUAUUUGUUAAAAAAAUGUUAUAUUUUCUGAGUAGUUAAUUUGGCAAUAUUAGCAGGAAUACUGAAACACUUUAAUUAAUCAUUAAUUACAAAAGUCAUAUGAGUAAGAAUUACUUGUAUUGAUAUGGAAUGCACUGUUUUAGAAUGUCUUAAAUUUACAUUAACUGAGCUGUAACGGAAUAAAUCAUUUUGCAGUCAUAAUGUUGUUCAAUAACACCAAAAUGGCAAUUUUUUUUUAACAUUGAGGUUAAUAUAAAUUAACAUAAAAAAACAACCAUGCUGUGGAUAUACAAAUACUUCCAAGUGGAAUUGUAAUUAAUUUAAUUUAAAUGGAGCCAUUCAAAUUCACAUAGUUGUGGGUCUCAUAGCUUCAGUUAUUUUUUAUGAAAGUUGUUGUGAUUGUUUUAUGAAUACAUGUACCUUAACUAUCACUAUGUUAACUAUGGCAGAUCUUUAAAUAAACAAAUAAAAAGUUGGUACAGA